CGAUUGACUAGGUCUGCUUGAAGUCGCACCUCCUCCGUGCAUCGUGUUGGGUCUCUUCUGGAAGGCCGCACGAUAUCAGCGGCGCAUCUCUCCUGAAUUCCUCCACAACGGGGUUCUCCCAAUAUUGUCCCCAGGUCCUGGACAGUCACACCUGGGCGUGAAACACACUGGAUGUUCGCCGAUUCAACCUAGGAACACGACCGCAUGUACAGAUUUUUUGCCCCGUGACCAUGUGCUGUAAAGAGUGAGCUCGGCGACUGGUGUCAACUUUACGAAACGUCCUCUGUGAUCGCGAGGUGCUCCCGCGACGUUCUUUUAAGAGUGACCUUUCCUUUCUCCAUUUCAACGGUCUUUGAAUCAGCCGAGUUCGGAGGCACCAUCCGGAUGUCGUCUUCUGACGGAAGAACCUCUUCCACGGUGGAACGAUCCGUCGAAACAUCAUCUUGACUUGCGUCUACUCGUCGUCCUUUCAAAAUCCCUUCUCGUCCCCUUGGUCCUGCGUUCUUCCCUCCUCCUGGUUAGGCCCCUCCCUCCCCCCUUGCAAUUCUUCCCCAGAAGUCUCUACUGGUUGUUUCGGACCGCUGAAUCGCGACAGGCAGCUACACUGAGAGGAGGAAAGGCGCAGACUGAGAGGAUCGCGAAGAAAUGAAUCGUUUUCUCUAGUCUACUGCGAAACUUCUCGGUGUUUUUCGAGAUGGGGAACGCUCUGAAGCGGAUGGUUUUCCAGCCGCCAUCGCCGCCCACGUACGAGUGCGACGCGAGUUUCAUCUGGCUCACCACUCGAAGACGCCAGCGGAUUCCGGCAUUCUUCAUCGACAUAGGGGCAAGCCUCACCAUCAUCUUCAGUCACGGAAAUGCAGAAGAUAUCGGCAUGGUCAUCGAGUACUUCAAGGAGGUCUCCCGCCUGUGGAACUGCAAUUUCUUUGUCUACGACUAUGUCGGAUAUGGGCACAGCACAGGGAAGCCGUCAGAGCAGGGAGUGUAUGACUCAGUGGAAGCGGCGUUCGAGUAUCUGACUCUUCAGCUUGGCUUGCCGGCGAGUUCGAUCGUCGUGUAUGGCCGUUCCCUUGGCACCGGGGCCUCCUGCCACUUGGCGUCUCGCCACCGUCUGGCGGGGAUGAUUCUUCAGAGCGGACUGACGUCCAUCCACCGAGUGGGGCUGAACACGCGCUUUUCGCUGCCAGGAGACAUGUUCUGCAACAUCGACAAGAUCGGGAGAGUGGACUGUCCAGUCUUCAUCAUUCACGGAACGAAAGACGAAAUUGUUCCUGUUCACCAUGGCAUGGAACUGUACAAUCGCUGUCCCUUGAGCGUAACUCCCUACUGGGUUGAAGGCGGUGGACACAACAACUUGGAGCUUUUGGGUCGACGAACCUUCUACGAAAAUGUCGCUCGCUUCCUCAAGUUUGUUCGAGCUCGAGAGACCCCGGGUGUCCGUUCAGGUCCCCUCAGUUCCACGGCGCGUCUCGUCAGAUGAAGCUCUGCGUGCCAUCAAACUUCCUCGCGGGCGGUCGUCGUCGCCGAGAAUCCGGUCUGCACCUCAGGCCUGACUCGUUCGCCACACCCACGCGGUGAAGCGGACAUGAUGAGGGAGCUUCACGUCGACCGAAACAGAUGGGGGUUCAAACAUACAUGCGUAGACCUACAGCUAGGAAGUACACGUAGAAGUAUAGGCGCAUGCAGAGUUCGUCUAGAGAGGGAUAUCGGGUGUUGAGGCAGGCGCGACAGAGCGAGAGAGGUCGUGUCGU